AUGCAGACACUUUGCCAUGAUGAUGAGCGCUCUGCCUUGUUACAAUUCAAAGCUAGUUUCACUAUAGACAAGUCUGCUUCCCAAGAUCCCUUUGCUUAUCCGAAAGUUGCAUCCUGGGGGAGUCUAGAAGGAGAUCCUAAAAGGAGUAACUGUUGUUCAUGGGAUGGUGUUGAAUGCAACGACAAUUCGGGCCACGUUAUUGGCCUUGACCUUGCCAGUAGCUGGCUUCAUGGUUCCAUCAACUCCAAUAGCAGUCUUUUUCAACUUGUUCAGUUGCAGAGGCUUGACCUCUCUGACAAUAACUUCAGCUUCUCUCAAAUACCAUCCAGGUUAGGCCAUGAUCUUACUAGUCUAACAUAUCUCAAUCUUUCAAUGUCUUCAUUUUCUGGCCAAAUUCCUUCCGAAAUUUCAUAUCUAUCCAAGCUAUCUACACUUCAUCUGUCUUCAUAUGUGCCUCCUCUAGAAAUGCCUCGUCUCAAAAUGCCUCCUCUCAAAAUGCCCAACUUCAGAAUUCUAGUUCAGAACUUAACCAACAUAAAACAGCUUCAUCUUUUUGACGUCGAGAUACGCUCCACAGUGCCUAAUACAUUGGUGAAUAUGUCUUCUCUCACAUCUCUCCGUCUUCAAGCAUUACUUGAUUUGGCCAAUAACUUUGAUCUAACCGGUUAUUUUCCUGAUGACCUUAACACCAGCAGCCCCUUGAAGAUAUUGAAUUUGCAGGCAAGCGAUUUCUCUGGUCAUAUACCUGCUUCAAUCAGAAAUCUUCGUGCCUUGCAUUUGUUGAACAUACGAUCCUGUAACUUUUAUCCCCAUGUUCCAUCUUCACUUUCCAACGUUACCCAGCUCAAUUUCCUUGAUCUUUCUUCCUUUUAUGACUAUAGUUAUCUACCUGACCUUCCAACAAUCCAUACUUUCAGUGGCCAAGUUUCAGAUUUCUUGUCUUGGGUUGGAAAGCUGACCAAACUUAACCACUUGUCCCUUGAUGGUACCUACUUAAGGGGAGAUUUGCCAUGUUCUUUGGCUACUCUGACUCAACUUUUGGUAUUAGACUUGAACCAGAAUCUAAUAACUGGUGAAAUCCCAUGUUGUUUGGCUAAUUUGACACAACUUUUGAAAUUAGACUUGGGCCGCAAUCAAAUAACCGGUCAAAUCCCAUCUUGCCUUGUGCAGCUGAGCCAAUUAACUUUGUUAGACGUACGAUUCAACAAUCUGCAAGGAGCAAUUCCCAGGUCACUAUUCGACCUAAGAUACCUUAAACAUAUUUACCUCCACUCAAAUAACUUGAGUGGGUCUGUUGAAUUGGACGAGUUUUCCAAGCUCAAAAAGUUGCGAGGACUUCGUUUGUCGCUCAACAAGUUCUCUGUGCAGAUCAAAACUGGAUUUAAUGCUAUUGCUCCAAAGCUUGAAGUACUAGGAUUGGGUUCAUGCAACUUAAUGGAGUUUCCGGAAUUUUUGAAAUACACUAGUCAACUGGAGGAUCUAGAUCUAUCUGACAACAAUCUUCAUGGCCAUAUACCAAAAUGGAUGUGGAAUUCAACUGGUGAAACUUUGAGGUUUCUCAACCUCUCUCACAACCACUUAACUGGAUUUGAAGAAAAUCCGGUCAUUAUUCCAUGGCGUGGGUUAUACUCUUUACAGCUCGACUCUAACAUGUUACGAGGAUCACUGCCAAUUCCAUCGCCGUCAAUAUCAUACUAUUUUGUUUCAAACAAUGAAUAUGCAGGAGAAAUUCCAGCAACAUUCUGCAACACAUGGCCACUAUGUAUUCUUGAUUUGUCUAACAACAACCUGAUUGGCAAGAUUCCCCAAUGUUUUGAUAAUCUCAGAUUUCUUCAGAUAUUGAGACUGCAGAACAAUUCUUUUCAUGGGGAUAUUCCUCAGAUAGGUUCAAAAAGAUGCUUGUGGUUAAGAGGGAUUGACUUGAGUUAUAAUCAGCUACAAGGGAAGCUACCAAGAUCAAUUGCCAAUUGUUCUAAGUUGUUGUUGUAA